GAGCGGCAGGAGUGCCAGCGAUCGAGUCAGCGGGCUUUCGAAGAAGCGUGUCGAGUCGAAUAAGCGAACAUGGCGCACUCGGUGGACCUGCCGCCGCCGGGAUUCCUGAUAUUCUGAUGCCCCGAAGAUGUCUUGCGACUCCGCACGCCUGAAGUAAACAAAUCUUUCUCGCAACCGACGACUCAGCCGUUUCACCACAUCUGUCAGCCUGGCAAGUCGUUUGUACAAUCGUCAAGGAUGCUUCCCCUCUCGCACAAGGAUUCUCGAGGGUUAGGUAGUCGAAUCAAGGAGAAGGUCCUGAGUUGGAAGCGUCUGAUAUUCUCCGACAAGAACUCCCGGAACUUGUUUCUCUUCCUGAUACUGAACCUCUCGUUCGCCUUUGUCGAACUAACGUAUGGAAUAUGGACCAACAGUCUGGGUCUGAUAUCGGACAGUUUUCACAUGUUCUUCGACUGCACAGGGCUAGUAGCAGGGCUUGCGGCGUCAGUUAUAACCAAGUGGCGCGCCAACGAUCGCUUCUCAUACGGCUAUGUGAGGGCCGAGGUCCUCGCAGGCUUUGUAAACGGUCUCUUCCUCCUCUUCAUCGCCUUCUUCAUAAUGUCAGAGGCAGUGGAACGCGCCAUUGAGCCCCCAGAAGUGAAGCACGAACGUCUCUUCGUCGUCUCCGUCCUCGGACUGCUCGUCAACCUCGUCGGCGUUUACGCCUUCCAACACGGCCACGGCCACAGCCACGGCGGAAGCCACGGACAUUCCCACGGGGACAGCCACGGGCACUCGCACAACCACGGUCACAGCCAUGGCCAUGACCACCACGACAUAGAGAUAGACGGAAACCUGGGCGGCGGUAAUUCCCAGAUAAUGAAGGGAGUGUUCCUCCAUAUUCUGGCCGACACGCUAGGCUCCGUCGGGGUAAUAAUAUCGGCUGUGCUGAUGCAGAUGUUCGGCUGGAUGAUAGCCGAUCCGAUCUGCUCGAUGUUCAUUGCGGUCCUCAUAGCGCUCAGCGUUUUGUCGCUGAUAUCCGAAUCCGUCACUAUUCUGAUGCAGAGACAGCCGGCAGCUCUUGAUCACGUUCUUCCCCAAUGCUAUAACAAGAUCACGCAGUUAGCCGGGGUCUACAGCGUUCAGGAACCUCACUUCUGGACACUGUGCUCAGACAUUUACGUCGGAUGUUUGAAACUGGAGGUCGCAAGAACCGUUGACCCAAAAUACGUCGUCGCGCAUACUCAGAUGAUAUUCCAGGCUGCAGGCGUCAAGCAGCUCACCAUUCAGCUCGACUAUACGCCCAUGUGAUCGACGAUCGAUGGUAAAAUUGGGGUAGGAAAUGACAACGUUGAUGAUGAUGGACUUUUCACAAAUAAUUGUAAUUGGAGGUACGAGGAUGCCCUUUUCGUCUGUGCCACCUGUAGCAAAAAGGCGAGAAACGUUGCCCUAGCUAAAAGCCUGUUUACUGCGUUCAAUUUUUGCGGUUCUAACGCAGUAAAAAGACGCGGUUACGAACUCGGAUUGCAAGUCGUUUAGCAAUCAAAGAACAGAAAGUUGAUGAAGAGUUUGUUGUUUUUUUUUGCUUUUUCUCGUACGUACCUCGAUGAAUAGAAAUUCCUUGCUUUUGCAUGAAGGAAUUGAUGGACAAACUCAUGUGUUUUUUUUUUUUCCUUCAUCACAAUUUUCCUUGUCACAAAUUACUUCAGGAUCAAUCUAUUCCAUUUCCAGUUCAAAUUUGCAGUGAACUUAAGUCAGCAUAGAUAAUUAUAAUUCUUAGAUCUUACCGUAUGAUUUAAAACGUUAUUACCAAGUCCUGCGGGGAGACGAUCGACAUUAAAAAUUGUAGCGAAAUUAGACCAUGUAUAAUUUACUGUAAUAUUAUUUAACCCUGUCGUCGGUCUUCGCAUCGGGGCGCGAAUAUCGCAAAAUCAAUAUAUAAUAUUGUCGUUGAAUAUUUUUACUUUUCUAAGAAUAUAUAAACAUAUAUAUA